AAUUUAUUUGACAUUAUUUCUUAGAUAGCAAUAAAAUUUUGCUGCAUAAACUUUUUUGUGACAUACUAAAUUGAAUUCUUCGAUUCUGCUGUCUGUCUGUGUCUAGGACAGGCGUGUCAAACUCAGCUCCUGGACGGCCGCGGUGUCUUCUGUCUUCCAUUCCACCCAAGCGCUCAGUUACUUAAAUCGGACACAUUUAACACUUCUCUCCAGGCCCCACAAUGUUUUAUAGGUCGUGUGCCUUGAAUGAAGCGCAUUUUUUAAAUCCUCAACUGUAAAAGACCUUGAAAAAACAUUAAAACAUGUCCAGUUAUACCAAUGAGGUUGAUUGAGAGCUAAAGUUGGAAUGAAAACCAGGAGACCCCGCGGCCCCCCGAGGACUGGAGUUUGACACGCCUGGACGCCUGUGAAUCUCCAAGGUCGGUGUUGAGGGGAGUUCAUGAGCUGCUCUUGGGUUACAGUUUCCUGCUAUAGAAAUAUGUAGCACAGGCUUUAUAAAAGUAAGCGUCUUUAUAAAAGUAAGAGCCAGCGCCAUCUAGUUUUGGUUUCGCUGGCUAUACACAUCCACACAGCAGAGGAUGCUGCACUUAAAGACAGUUUGGCUGAUCUCGUUUACAGUACAUUGCAGGCAACUGGGGCCGAACAGCAGAUCCUGAACUCGGUCAAAGCACCCUAACGCAGACUGAUCACAAAAUCAAAAAAGACGCGAUAUCUGAGUAACUGCAAAAAUCAUCAACAGGUACAUUAAAAAAAAAAAAAAAAAAAAGUCAUUUGAAGCAACGGUUGCUGUUAAAACGCAGCACACACACAAACACGCAUUACUGCGUUUGCCUGUUCAGCCUGGGAAUUUUUACAAAGCGCGCCUGGCAAAUGUUUUUUGUUCCAAGGCUGGUAGAGUGACUCUGCGGCUUUAAGAGACAGGUAGGUAUCACCUGUAACUCAAUCUGUGUUCUAAAUAAAUGAUGGCUUUGUCAACAGCUCACUCAGCUUUGCUGGUCUUUUACGAAGACGGUGAAGAUACUACACAGGUGAACCCUCUGUUAUCAACAACAUUGCUAUUAUUAUUAUUAUUAUUAUUAUUACUAGAAUUGAAAUCACUGUGUCUCCAGUCUGCACCCUCCUUCUGCACUGCGUUGACCCAGCCAUGAACCCAGAGUAUGACUACUUGUUCAAGCUGCUGUUGAUCGGAGACUCUGGGGUCGGCAAGUCGUGUCUGCUGCUCCGUUUUGCAGAUGACACGUACACAGACAGCUACAUCAGCACCAUCGGAGUGGAUUUCAAAAUAAGAACCAUCGAACUGGAGGGGAAGACUGUGAAGCUUCAGAUUUGGGACACGGCUGGACAGGAACGGUUCCGGACUAUCACAUCCAGUUACUACAGAGGAGCUCACGGGAUAAUCAUCGUCUACGAUGUGACAGAUCAGGAGUCCUUUGAUAACGUGAAGCACUGGCUGGAAGAAAUCGGCCGCUACGCCAGCGAAAACGUCAGCAGACUGCUGGUCGGAAACAAAUGCGACCUGACCUCCAGAAAGGUGGUGGACUCUACGACCGGAAAGGAGUACGCCUUGUCCCUUCAGAUCCCCUUUCUCGAAACCAGCGCCAAGAACGCCACCAACGUGGAGCGGGCGUUCGUCACCAUGGCGACGGAGAUCAAGAAGCGGGUGGGCACCGACGCCGUUCAGAGCGAGGCGGGAAAAAGCACCGCGCAGAUCCACAGCUCCCCCUUGUGGUCUGGAGGGGGAAAGCAGGGAGGGGAGGAGGACAGCAGCUGUUGCUAGAUGCUUGGGAGCUGGGGAGCGCUCAGUGCAGUAUGUGUGUAUAUAUAUAUAUAUAUAUAUAUAUAUAUAGUAAUGUGCACAUUUAUUAGAACACCUCAUUGUUUCUGUAGUUUGGAUUUGUUGUGCUGAUGAAAUCAAACCACUGCAACUAUAAAUCUUGCAAAAUGGUCAGGAUAAAUUAGUGAUGGUCUGAUUUAAUUGAUGGCUUUUUAAAAGGCCACACAUGCAGAUCAUUUAAAAUAGUCAAGAGAAAAGGAACACACAGCCACAAAUGGUCAUAUGCAUCAGACUUUUUAGUUGUAUAGCCUAAUUAAAGCACAAAGCGGUCUAGCAUUUUCACACGAGUGCCUGCUGUUUGUAUAUCACUGAUUACUGACUGAAAUUUGAAGCUGUCACAUCCAGAGGUUUUCAUGCAGGUAGGCAUAUAACGGAUAUAAGUCUUUAGGAGUUGUAGUAAAUGUGCACACUAGUGUAUCUAUGUAUGCAUGUUCAUCUACAGUGUAUGUGUGUCUGCUGCAAUAUUGUUAAAUACCAAGCAGCUUUUAAUGACUUUUUUUUUUGUAUUCACUUUUCAUGAUGUUUCUAAUCAUUCAGUAUUAUUUGAGUCAUUGCAAACGUUAACUUUCUAGUCUAGAAACUGUAGAUGAUUUCGUCCCAGAUUGCACUCUUCGGAUGAGUCGGCUGUCCCAUUUUAAAACAUUUCUAAUUCAGCAAGUGAUUUAUCCCCCCCCAUCCCCCUAUCCCCCAUCCCCCUUAACUGAUAACUGACUUUCAGUUACAAAAACAAACAAUUGACAUCAGUGUGUUCUUUGACUACUGUGACAAAUCUGCCAUUGACUUGUGUUGUCUUUGAUAAAAAGUUUCCCAAUCAAAAGUGAAUCAAUUGAAAAAGUUCAAAAGAUGCAGAAUGUUUUUUUUUGUCGACCGCUCA